AUGUCUCAUGUGAAAAUUCGAGGCUCUCCUGUGCAGAAUAUGAGAAGGGCAGCUGUUACUACUGUGCAUAAAUCCUGGAAGAAGAAAAAGACUGCCACUGAAAUCAGCCAUCAGUCUUUAAGCGGAAAUGAAAGUGAUGAAGAAAGAACUACAGAAUAUCCAGCUCUUGAAGUUGCCAAUGGGUUUAGAACACAUACUGGAAGUGGCUUAGAUUCCGACAGCAGCUCUGAGUUAUAUAGAGAAUCAACUUUAUAUUCCAAUGGGAAAAUGACUCCUCUAGGAAAACCUUCUCUCUCACAUCUGCCCCUGCUUGGAGCUAUGAAUGGUGAUUAUGCCAGUCGCGAAAGCCUCUUGAUGUCGUUUGAUAGUUCCGUAGAGCUGAAGCCUCUCCAGUUAGUAUGGGCUAAAUGUCGUGGAUACCCUUCCUACCCUGCCUUGAUCAUUGAUCCAGAUAUGCCAAGGGAGGGUUUACUGCACAAUGGCAUACCUAUUCCUGUUCCACCUUUGGAAGUUCUUAAGCUUGGAGAGCAGCGACUACUUGAGAGUGUUGGACAACAACUUUUCCUAGUUUUGUUUUUUGACAACAAAAGAACGUGGCAAUGGCUUCCCAGUGACAAGCUUUUACCUUUGGGAGUUGAUGAUACCGUUGACAAGCUGAAAAUGCUGGAAGGUCGAAAGCCAAGUAUCCGCAAGUCUGUACAGGUGGCUUAUGAUCGAGCUAUGACUCAUUUGAAUCGUGUUGGGGGUAGCCACCCAUUUAUUACUACAAACUACCUAUACUAA